UUUUAAAUUUCUAUUUCUUAUCAGGAGUUGGAAUUGUGGAGGAGAGCUUUUGCCAUGGCGGUGCUGUUUCAGGAAGCAGUGUAUUUGACGGGAAUAUUUCUAAUCUUCGGGACUAUAGGAAAGUUGGAAAUGACGGAAGGCGCAGUGACAAGAAGGGGUGCUUCAUCACACUGCCCCGAUGAGAAACCUUACAUGGAGUCCGGCCAGUGCACCCCCGAAUGUAGCCCAGGCCUGUACGGUGAUGACGUCACAAAGAUGUGUGAAGCUUGCGACGAGUCGUGUAAAACUUGUCUUGGACGCGAGGACAGGUGCACGAGUUGCCGGGACCCGCUCUAUUUGCUGGAUAACAAAUGUGAAGAGAACUGUGGUUCUCUGCUCUCCCGAGGACCAGCUCGUGGUCGCGUUCGAUUAACCGGUGGUCGUAACGACUUCGAAGGCCUUGUCCAAGUCCUGCACGAUGGCGUCUUUGGAACCAUCUGUGACGAUGUGUGGAAUAUGAAUGCUGCCAGGGUGAUUUGCCGGGAGCUCCAACUUGGUGAUGCCCUGGAAGCUACAAAUGCUGCAGAUGCUGGCUUUUCCCCCGUUUCUCUUCUAACCCCAAUCCUGCUCGAUGGAAUCACUUGCCGGGGAGAUGAGAGCAACAUCCAAUCUUGUAGUCAUGGUAACUGGUACACCAGCGCAUGCGGUCACUUUGAAGAUGCAGGAGUCCGUUGUUCAGGUCCAGAUGUAACCCGUCUCUGCGUGAGCGAAUGUGGUGACGGUUUCUACCAGGUUCCCGGAACCUUGGAAUGCCAGCUUUGUGACGCCACUUGCAAAACCUGCUCGGAGCGCUCCGACAACUGCCAGACCUGCGACGCGCCGCGCUUUCUUCGCUCCAACCAAUGCCUUGAGGACUGUGGAUUCGCGUACUACGGCAAUAUUCGAACGCGCACCUGCCAGGCGUGCAGCCCGUACUGCAAGAACUGCAUGGACGGCGAUACGAAUGAUGUGUGCUCCAGCUGUUUGGAUGGGACUCUUCUACAGAACGGGAGAUGCGUGUCGUUUUGUACGGAGCCGCUGCUUUCGAAGCAUCUACCGAUAAGACUAGUCGAUGGAGCGACGCCAUUUGAAGGAAGAGUUGAGGUUUACAUCAAUGGAGACUGGGGAACCGUAUGCGAUGAUCAGUUUGAAAUUCAUGAUGCAGAAGUCGUCUGCAGGCAGCUUGGUUUUGGAGAGGCUGUGGCUGCAGUUAGAUCUCCAGGAUUUGGCCCUGGCCAAGGUAAAAUCUUGAUGGAUGACUUGAGGUGCAAUGGUACAGAGAACGAGCUGAUAAACUGUGCUCAAAGUCCCUUCAGUCAAAACAAUUGUAACCAUCACGAAGAUGCUGGAGUCCAGUGCUCUGGAACAUUAUCGAUUGUUUUAAAAUAUGGCUCUUCCACAAGAACUAUUGUGCACCCUGGUGCAACAGGUGCGUGUGUAGACAGCUGUGAGGGGGGAUACUACGCCAGUGGCCCACAAUGCCUUUCGUGUGACGCAAACUGUCUAGACUGUGCUGAUGCCUCGAACCUAUGCACGGCUUGUAAAGCGCCCUCUUUCCUUCAGGGUUCAUCCUGCAUCAGCGAAUGCGGCGUCGGUCAGUUUGGCAACACCUUGACCUCUCGAUGCGAGGCAUGUGACAGAGAUGUCUGUGAUUCUUGUGCUGAUGGUGAUAGGAGCGACAUCUGUACGUCUUGCCCACAAGGAAGAUACAUGAAGGACUCAGAAUGUGUAUUAAGCUGUGGCCCUGACAAGUUCCUUCAAGACAAUACGUGUGUGGACGACUGUGGCAUCGGAAAUUAUUCCAACCCUAACAUGUUUGCCUGCGAACCAUGUGAGGCUCAGUGUCUGUCCUGCGGCUAUGUUGAUACAACGAAUGUCCAGUGUAUCACUUGCAAGCCCCCAAAGAUUUUAGACACCACUUCUGGAGACUGUGUUGUCCAAUGUCCAGCUGGUCAGUUUGCUUCCAUCAUAGACCCGUCUUCCAUCAUGCCCGGUCAAACUAUUCGUCUGGUCGGGGGACAUAGCCACCUGCAAGGAAGAGUAGAGGUGCUUCAUGAUAACCAAUGGGGAACUAUCUGCGGUGACUUCUUUGACAAGAAUGCAGCCAAUAUUACCUGCCAGAGUCUAGGACUAGGAAAUGCUGUAGGCUUACUGAAGGUUGGACCAGGAUCAGGAAUACCACCCAGUGAUGGUUUGAUCUGGCUUGAUAAUCUUCUCUGUGAUGGCACUGAGAACAGACUUGAAGAUUGCCUCCAUACUGAAUGGGGCAAGCAUAACUGUGAUCACGACCAAGAUGCAGCUAUACAAUGCUCUGGUCCUGGCCUUCGAGAGUGCACGUCGGAAUGCCCUCUAGGCUUCUACACCAGCCAAUCGGACCGGUCCUGCCAGCCCUGUCGGGUCCACUGCCAGACUUGUCAGCAGGCCAUUUCGUCAGACUACUCCUGCAGCGCCUGCAAGCCAGGCACCCAUCUCCUUGGAAUGGACUGUGUGGAGGACUGUGGGCCAGGCCACUUCACCAGUGGUGGGGUGUGCGUCCCGUGCAGCGAUAACUGCGUUUCCUGUGAAGGGGAUUCGACGCACUGCACAAGCUGUGCCGGCUCUAAGUUCUUGGAAGGAACCACCUGUGUAGAUACCUGCAAUGACUACAAGCUUGAGAAGACCAAUGUUAUCCGGCUGGUAGGAGGCUCCACCCCUCUGGAAGGUCGUGUAGAGGUCAAAGUGGGCGGUGUCUACGGGACGGUGUGUGAUGACGAGUGGGACAUUCUGGAUGCUCAGGUUGUCUGCAGGCAGCUUGGACUGGGAGUAGCACUAGAGGCCAGCAUUGAAGCAAAGUUUGGUUCUGGACAGGACAUCAUAGCUCUGGACAACCUUGCCUGUACCGGUCAAGAGACCAACCUCCUUGCCUGUCCACAUGCUCCAGAAAAUGACUGCACCCAUAGAGAAGAUGCGGGAGUUGUGUGCUCUGGCCCUGACGUCUCCAACACGUGCAUCAGUGCUUCGCAGUGUAACAACGGAAAGUAUGUCACUGCUGAUGCAAUGAGCUGUGGGGUGUGCGACGUCAACUGUGCCACGUGUUCCCAGACCUCCACCCACUGUUCUACUUGCCCCACUGGGCGUGUCCUGAGGGGCGACUCCACGUGUGCUGAGGAAUGCGAGGAAGGCAGCUACUCGGAUGAGGAAAAUCAAUGUCAGAAAUGCAGUGAGCAGUGUUUAGAAUGUACUGGCCAUGCCUCACAGUGUACGAAAUGCCCUCCUUUCUACUACAUGAAUACGGAAACCCAGAGCUGCGACUCGUCUUGUACUGAUGGGCUCGUCAUGAGAGGGAACCCUAAUAUUAGACUCAGUCAGGGCCAGACAGCUUUAGAGGGGAGAGUAGAGAUUCUUCACAACAACCAGUGGGGAACGGUCUGCGACGAUGAUUUUGACCUCCUGGAUGCUCAGGUCGUCUGCCGUCAACUUGACCUUGGCGACGCCCUUAACUUCUACCUGGGCUCCGCGCCCGGAUCGGGUCCUAUCUGGCUUGAUGAACUCAAGUGCACCGGGGAGGAGGGGUCACUGCUGGAGUGCAUGCAUAGCGGCAUCCAGGGACACGACUGCACCCAUAAUGAGGAUGUGGGUGUGAGGUGCGCGGGACCGGAUACGUCGCUAAAAUGUGUGUCCAGCUGUGAUGAUGGCUUCUUCGCUAACUCGAAUUCUGAAUGCGAGAUGUGCAGCGACGCCUGUCUGACCUGCGACGGUGCUGCAGACACGUGUACCAGCUGCUCCGCCCCUACCUUCCUCAACGGGACCCUGUGUGUGGAGUCCUGUCCGAGGGGCGAGUACGGGAACAUCCACAGCCACACCUGUGAGCCAUGUCACGAUGCAUGCGACGAGUGCUUCGAUGGACAGACCAAUGACAUGUGCAAGACGUGCAAGCCCGACUUCUUUCUAAAAGGCUGGUCCUGUGUUUCUAGUUGUUCCGAUGGCUCCCAGCCAUUGAGGGAAGUCCUUCUGUUGCUUGGGCAGAGUGAGCCGGUGCGUCUUGUGGGAGGGGCCAACUCCAGGGAGGGGCGUGUGGAGAUCUCUCACGGAGACCAGUGGGGGACCGUCUGUAACAACAACUGGGACCUGGUGGAUGCGAAUGUUGUUUGUCAUCAACUUGGCCAGGGAAGUGCUGUAGAGAUCAUCACAGGUAGUGUCUUUGGCCAAGCAUCCUCAGACGCGCCAAUCUGGUUGACUGGAGUCGACUGCAAAGGCUGGGAGCUGGGUCUGUCCCAGUGUGUCAACAGUGGAUGGGGCAAUACUGGCUGCUCACACUACAGGGAUGUUGCCAUUCGAUGCAGUGGAGUGAAUGACCAACAGAGAGGCAACAUUUGCAGACAGGUUACCUCAUCUUCCUGUGACAGUGUGCCUUGCAGCAGUGGGGUGGAUUGCGUAACAGUGAGCGACGACCAGUCUGUUUGUUUGGAAUGCCCAGAGGGUCAGGUUGGCAACGGAAUUUAUUGUACAGUUGUGUCCAGCUACCCACCCACAUUCGCUGAAGAACCCAAGAACCGCACCAUCAACGCUGGCUCGGGAGCGCUCUUCCGUUGCAAAGCCGAUGGCCGGCCCACUCCAAGGGUCACGGUCAGCAGUUGGCUCAAGGACGGUCAACCCCUGUCUCAGCGAGACUUGAGUAGCGGACGUUUGAGGGUCUACACCUCGUCAGGCUCUCUCCAGUUUGUCAGGACCCGCAGAGAGGAUUCUGGGAAUUAUACCUGCGUUAUCAGAAACACCCAGGGUGUUAACACAUCCAGUGCUUUCCUGGUUGUCAAAGAACGACCCCACAUCAUGUCGACACACCCUGACACACGCAUCCUUGGUGAGACUGCCGAACUAGGAUGCAUUGUCGUAGGUCUCCCAGAAUCGACAGUCUCCUGGAGACGCAACGGACAACCCCUGAUGGGUGAACGGUUCCAGAGCUUCGGUGAGAACGGGACCCUGCUGAUCAGAGAUGUGCGACUUGAGGAUAACGGCAUGUACGAAUGUGUGGCUGUCAAUCAACUCGGUGAAGACCAGGCAUCGGUGAAGUUGACCGUCUAUGAAGUACCCACAUUCCUAGAAGGUCCCCAGGAGAUGGAAGUAAGAACAGGUUCUGAUGUCAGUAUACCCUGCGUGGUGUCAGGUGUGCCUCUACCCGAGAUUACAUGGAAGAAAGAUGGUCAGAUGAUAUCUCUUAAUGGAAGGGUGACCAUUCUUGAAGAUAAUACUCUUGUGAUUCACAAGAGCCAGAGGGAAGACAUGGGCGAGUAUGCAUGCAUAGCUUCCAACAAGGUUCAGACCAGUGCUAGAAUUGCCAAACUUCUCAUCAUAGGUCCCCCUCACAUAACUGAAGCACCCACAAACCAAACACGAGUCACGGGCGAGACAGUGGUAUUACCCUGUACAGUGAUCGGUGCCUACAACCCUGUCGUAACAUGGCAGCACAACGGAGAAGACGUCGUAAACGAUGAGCGCCAUCUCAUGGUUGAUGACAGCCUGACGGUUACCGAUGUUGACCCUGCGGAUGGCGGCCUCUACGUGUGCACAGCUACCAACACAGAGGGAGCUGUGUCCGCUAAUGCUUACGUGUCUAUCACUGGUCCUGUUCGUUUAGGUCAACACAAACAUGUAGGUUCACAUACCACACUCAUAGUCAUCUUAAUCAUAGCCUUCAUCAUCAUUGUUGCCGUGGUUGCCCUCUACGUCCGACGACGACGCAACCUGGGCAAGAAGACCAUAACUGCCAACACUAUAUUCAAAGGGGCCCCCAACCCUCAAAACAUUGUGUUUUCCAACGAUGGACACUAUUGUCAGUUUGACAACGAUGCAGAUUAUGAGAGCAGCGGGGAAGAAGUUAAAAAGAGCAAAAGCAAGUUAAAAUUUUCUCCAAAGAAAAGAAAACAGGGUAUUUUACUAGAAGAGGAACUAGAAGAGCAACUAUAAAAGUCUGAUGAAUAAAAAGUGACAUUUUGUAUUCUCUGUUAUGUGCAUCAUUGCUUUAAGAUUCAGGAGCUCACAAUUCUUCUUGUUUGUGCAUUGGACAGAGAUUAGAUAUAUCUCCUUGUCUCGUUUUCAUAGAAAAGUUUUAAAAAAGAAAUGCUUUUUGCUGGUAUAUGAUACCAAAUUUGUCGCUUGUGUUGUAUUCAUGUGCCUUUUGCAGAGAUUUGUUGAAUGUCAAAGUUUGAGUAUGCACUCAUUUUGAAACGUGUACCAUGCCAGUGGGGCAUAUAUCUAAUUUUGGUAUGUUACUGAUUGAAUUAUGUUUGAACUGAAUUAAGAAGUGCCAAUUAUAAGCAAUCAAAUGCAGAGAUACUGCAUAUAAGGUGUGGUAUAAUUGUAAUGAAAGAAUGCCAUAACUUGAAAAAAGAAAUACUAGAAUGUAAAAAUACGAAAACAUAAAAAUUAGAAUUAAAAAAUAACAAAAAGAAAAAAAGAUUAUACAUGAAGAUCAUGAUUGUCACGCACCUGAAAAAUUUGCACUCUAAUUCUUUACACUGCAAUUGUUUCUAUUCGUCCAUAAAGCGAUGAAAUCUUGUUAUGAUCGAUUUGAAGCCCUUUUUUAUUCUAAAUUGCACAGAAAUUAGCCUGAAGGCUGAAAUGAGAUGUGAGAGAAUAGAUCAUUUCGUUUCAUCAAUGUCUUCUUAAAGUUGAGCUCCGUUUUCCAAUCAGUAUUGGUCCAAACAUCAGGAAUUUGCAAGGGAUAGCAACAUUUCAAUUUCAAUCUCCUGAUUACAUAUCCGCCGUGUUUUCUUAUUCGAUAGGUGCAUUGGUAACAGGCUUGAGGCAUAAUUUUGCAAUGAAUUACUUUAACCCCUCUCAUGGCCUUCCAUAAGUGUCGUGAACAGUUCCUGCCAAAUUGCAUAGUUAGGUACAACCUAUCUUGGCAUUCCAUAGGAGUGUCGAACAGCUCUUCCAACGUUCCAUAAUUAUGUGUAACUUAUCAUGGCCUUCCUUAAGAAAUCCGAAACAUCAUUAUCAGAUCAUGUGCAUGACGAUGAGAGAAUGUAUUUAUUCAAUAGUAACCUUAUUUAUUAAUUUAUUCAUAAGAAAGUUGUCUUUAAUGACGAUAAUUGUGUGAGUGUAAUGACGUUCUUCCUGUCCAUAAGAGCAAUAAAUUUAACCCGUUGGAUACGAUCCGACAUCAGUUUAACAUACAUUUUCCAAAGACAGGGUAGAUCGACGAUUAUAUUUUGCGACCUUGGCUGAAUAUUGGCUGAAAGUGAUAAUGCAAUGUACAAUGCACGUGCAAUCCUCUCAAUUUACUUACAGAUUUCUGUUCUCCUUCUCUUCAUUUUCUACACCAUAUUCUCUUUAUUCUUCUUUCUUCAUUUCUUCUUUCCUAUUCCUUUUCUUCUUCGAAAUUAAGCCUGAUGUCAUGUUAUGUAAGAUAAAAAGGAGAGAGCAUUAAACUGAAAUGUUAGUUUAGUUAAUCACAUCCACAAUCCCCCCAUAUUAUUGGUACGAACGAAUUAUGAAGUUAUAUAUUUUUGUUACAUUGAUAUGAGAAUGUCCCUCUCAAAUAAUGCCAAUUGUAUAUUCUGUUAAUAUUGUAUAAAGAUAUAUCAAUGCAAUGCAAGGCAAGAGGGAUGUGAAGAAUUUAUUAUGUUAAUAUGUAAAUAAAUUGUAUUGUACAUUGCUGUAAAAUAAAAUAUUGUAUUAUUAAUUGGUGGGUUGGUAAAAUAAAUUGCACAUCAUUAUAUUUCAUUGACUUAAAUUUUUGAGACAAACCACACCGAGCACCAAAAAAAUCAUUAUACACAAGUCAAAUGACUUACAUAAAGUAUUAAUGUAUUGAUUUAAGUGCUUUUGUUAUAUUAAAUCAAAAGGCAAGAUUAUGGAGAUACAUAUAUAACAUCUUCUCUCCAGCUAAAAGAAAGAAUUUAAAUGAUGUUCUCAUUUGAUAUUUUAGUAAUGGCUCGUUUAGAUAUGACGCGGUAAAAUCAUGGUGGUUAUUUUACGAUAAGUGAUGUGAAAUGUAAUAUAUGUUACAUUUCUGUAUCUUAAAACACAGAGCUCAGUGAAAACGCACGAUUCCUUUGUUGCAGGCAGUUGCCAUUCGUUUAUAAGUAAAACAUGGCUGCCUUUUUGCAGCGAUUUACUGUGCCAUAUCUGAACAAGCCUUUAUUGUCGCCUUGAAAUGAUAUCAUGUGUUGGUACUGGAUAGUACUAUGAUAUAUCAACCACUUGCGAAGUGUAUUACUACACUCGGUGUACUGAACUUGUCACUGAAAUUAUGAAAUAAAUGAAAAAGAAAAGAAAAGAAAA